GUAACUGUGCUGGUCCUUUUUGCCCUCGCAUUCUUAACGUGUGUUGUAUUUCUGGUAGUCUACAAGGUUUACAAGUAUGAUCACACCUGUCCAGAAGGAUUUGUUUUCAAGAAUAAUCAGUGCAUUCCAGCUGGGUUGGAAAACUACUACUCUGAACAAGACUCCAGUGCUCGAGGGAAGUUUUACACAGUCAUAAACCACUACAACCUGGCCAAACAAACCAUCACGCGCUCAGUGUCCCCGUGGAUGACAGUACUGUCGGAAGAGAAACUCUCUGAACAGGAGACUGAAGCUGCUGAGAAAUCAGCUUAGUGUGAUAUGCUAAUUCUUAAUGCUAUGUCAUUGAAGGUAACUAAGGGACUUUAAGGAACUUUUAAUGAAAUAUAAUUAUGGAUAAUUUAGAGGUUACUCAUGUUUAUGGUGCAAUUGCUUCUGUUUGCUGAUACUGCUUUGCAAAAAACAAAACAAAACUUGCUGCAGAACAUUCAUGGGCAUAAAACAAGGUGCAUAUCAGCAUUGCUUUAGAGCUCUGACACCAUUUUCAAUGUUAAAAAAAAAAAUCCAAUGUUAGAUAUGUUCUUGCAGUUUAUUGGAUACUGACAGAUUUCUUCACUGGAUUUUCAGGGUUUGGACCAUAGGUAAAUCAUGUGUUCUGUUGUCUGAACUGAUACUUUAUUUAUUAAUUUUUUUAUUCUUUGUCAUUUUGCAAACUGAAACACCCCAGAUGUAACUAGAGUGAUCUCUUGUUUAGCUGAAAGCUGUAUUUAAUCUUUAGUUUUGGCUCAGGCAAGAACGAUAGUCAGCACUGAUGUCAAAGGCAUAAUGUAAUGACUUGUAUGGAGAAAGAAACUGUCAGGUAGCAUUUUUCUUACAUUUUCUUUACUGUUGUUUAUUUGUAAGUGAUAAUGAAGUUCUCUGCAACAA